CCCCUUUCCCCUUCCCGUUGGAUAAGCCUUCUUCAUCUUGGCCUCAUCCCCUACCCACGUCUACCAAACCCCCAAUCGCUUGCUCCUCCAAUGGCGGCAACAUCAGCUCUGUCCUCUCUCUCUUCUCUCUCCCUCCAUUGCCACACCUCUCUCUUCUCCUCAAACCCCACCUCGAAGCCCUCAAUCUCAUUCUCUCUCCUCCCGAAACCCUCAACACCACUCACUCUCACCACCGUCAAAUCCGCCUCCGACGACACCGAGACCUUCCUCUUCGAAAGUGAAGACCCAGAGAGCGAAGAAUUCGUCUUCGACCCGCCGAUUCCUCCGGAGGGUUUCGUGCCUCCGCCGUACUUCGACGACGGACAGGAGGAGACGGAGGAGGAGAUCGCGGCUGGGUACGAGGAGCUGUACGGACCGGCGUACAGCGGAGAGACGAUGCUGGGGAACGACAUAUACGUGAUGGAUUCGAAGGUGAAGAAGAGCGGAGGAGGGAUUGGAGGGGCGAAGCCGAAGAAGGAGAAAGCUCGGGAUGGGUUCGACGAGAGAGUGGUUCAGGUGAGGAGGGUGACGAAGGUGGUGAAAGGAGGGAAGCAGUUGAAGUUCAGAGCCAUUGUCGUUGUCGGAGACAAGCAGGGUAAUGUCGGCGUCGGUGUCGGAAAGGCCAAGGAAGUGAUUGCGGCUGUUCAGAAAUCGGCGAUUAACGCCAGAAGGAACAUCGUCAAAGUCCCUAUGACUAAGUACCUCACCUUCCCACACAGGUCGGAUGGAGACUAUGGGGCGGCGAGGGUGAUGCUGAGGCCGGCGUCGCCAGGAACGGGAGUGAUUGCAGGAGGAGCGGUGAGGAUAGUGUUGGAGAUGGCGGGAGUGGAGAAUGCACUGGGGAAACAGCUUGGAAGCAAUAAUGCGCUCAACAAUGCUCGUGCCACACUUGUUGCUGUCCAGAAGAUGAGACAGUUCCGUGAUGUUGCUCUCGAGCGUGGCAUCCCCAUGGAAGAGCUCUGGAAGUGAGUUCGUUCCUUUUUAACGCCGUGUACAUCUUUUUCUUUUUCUACUGAACAACAUUGUUGAAGAGGCUUUGUGGGACAUCAAUCUGUAAUUCUUUCGAUAAAGUUUAUCGAAAUUGCGAGCUUUUUAUA